AUGAACAGCAAUAGGAUGAAAAUAAUUUUCGUGGUUGUUCUGGCAUCCUUUGCAGCCGCAACGCGUAAUGUUGACAAACUUAAGUGGACAUCAUUCAAAAAACGAUUUGAGAAAUCAUAUAAGAGUGAUGAAGAGGAACAAUCUAGGUUUAAUAUUUUUACUAAAAACUUGAGGAUGAUAGAAGAGCAUAACGCUAAAUUUGAAGCUGGACUGGUAUCUUAUUAUUUGGUCAUGAACGGAAUCGGGGACCAGAUUGAGGAUGAAAUGAACAGAAUGUUUACACUCCGCCUGACUGAAGAUAUGAACAGACGAUCUAGGUUCAGAUUUCGCCCUCCAGAAAACAUUGAAAUCCCUAAUUCGAUUGACUGGAGAGAUUUAGGUGCAGUCACUCCUGUGAAAGACCAACGACAUUGUGGUUCUUGUUGGGCUUUCGGCUCUAUUGGAGCCGUAGAAGGCCAGCUUGCUAUUAAUACUGGAAAACUCGUCUCCCUCAGCGAACAGCAGCUCGUAGAUUGUUCAACAGACUACGGGAAUGAGGGAUGUAAUGGAGGAUACGCGCAAGCAGCUUACAGCUAUCUGCUUGAUGUGAGAGGAUUGGAAAGAGAAGAUGCAUAUCCAUACGAAGCAAAAAAUCGCAGUUGUAGGUACAACAAGGAUAAGGUAGUGCCAGGGACCAAAGUCGAAGCUUACACGAAUAUCAAGGCAAAUAAUGACUACGACCUCAAGGCAGCCGUUGGCACUGUUGGACCGAUCUCGGUAGCAAUCAACGCUAACAACAAUCAUUUCUUUUUCUACGGAGGAGGCGUUUUCGAUGGCGAUACCUGCAAGCCUGAAGUAGACCACGAGGUCCUUCUGGUUGGAUAUGGCUCAGAAAACGGGGAAGACUAUUGGUUCGUCAAGAACUCCUGGGGUCCAUGUUGGGGGGAGGGUGGAUACAUCAGAUUCUCAAGAUCCGUUCAAAACAUCUGUAAUAUUUCUAGUGUGGCCAACUUUCCAGUUCUUCAAUGAGGACCAAGGUGCUUCAUCUCUUUUAAACUUAAUGAAUUUUAUAUUUUAUUUAAUCUAUUGUACAUUACAUGUAUUUUUAUCACUAUACACGUGAUGUAUAUCACUUUAAAAGUGUUGUUAAAAAUAAUAUCACUUUUUUCUAAACUCACACCGGCUUAAGUUUUAAGUAUUGUACAUAAAGUUUUAUUUCACCCUGAAAACCGAAAGAACUUAUUUGCCAACCCAAUAUAACACAUGACUGCAUAUGGUUUCAUGGGAUAGAAGAGAGUUUUUUUUUAACAGUUAAACAGCUUUUCACACAUACUUUUAAUUAUACCUCAUAACCAAUAUAAAUUGCAUCAGAACCGUACAAAUCAGAAUGCAACCAAUGGGUAGAUACUCUACAAGCCUAGUCAUGUCAUAUAUUUCUUUGUAUCACAUUUGCUGAAUAUAUAUUAAGUUGUACAGUUGUAAAUUUCAUAAAUAAUAAUAAUAAAUUAAAACUCAUCUUUAGGUUAUAUUAU